CUGUAUUCACCAUGUGCAUACCAGUCACAUUAGAAGAAUUUCAAUCUUGUCAUAAAGCAAGCGAACCAUCACCCUUUUUUCCAACCAUCUUUCAACCAUUCUGGGUGCGCAACAUUUUUUUCCCUUCCUCUCUCGUUGAAGGCAGUGUGUAGUGUGUUGUGUAGUUGUGUUCAUUCGGGGGAUAGAGCGAGAGGUGCCACUGCCACUCUUUCCCGCUCCUCUUUUUUCCCCGGGUCUCAUGUCUGAUAUUAUGUCACAAGGGUCAUUCCAUUAAACCUCUUUGGAAUCCCAGGAUUUCGAACCCGAGCCCCUCGAGAUGAUGCUCAAAGCAGAUGGAAGCAGCUGGAUGAUGAUCAUGGUGUUGGCCACUACCACUUUCUCGUCCAUCCAUUCCACCAAGCCACGGACCUCCCGACCAACCGACCAACCGUCCGUCCGUUCGUCAAAGAUGGUUGGCUUGUUGGAACAUAGUGGAGCUCGUAGAAACAACAGCGGUAAGAGAAUGGCGGAAAGGCGGUUCCCCCCAAACUCUCCUCAACGUUUUGGUCUCGACUUUCCGACCUAGCAAGCCCACACAAUGGCCUCCACUUUUGCGUGAGCGUUGUCAUUGCGGGCCAGCGGUCUCACCACCUCUGUGGCUGGUUGCGUUGUGGCUCUCUGGAAGCCCACAGCCAUCGACCGCAGAAGCGGUAAGGACAUCGAGAGUUACGUUACUUCUCUCUUUCUCUUGGGCGCCCUUCUCAGCUCUGCCAACGCCUGCCUUCUUGUUCUCGUCGUCACAGUCGUCGUUGUCGCAGUCGUCCUUCUCGCCACAAGUUUACGCCAAUGAACGUGGAUUCUUCGUUCUCUCAUUUCGUGGCAGGCCACAAAACGCUCUUCACUCCUCAGAGUAUAUCCCCCCCCUUACAAAGCCGCGAUGCCUGGCGAUAACAGGAGUUCGGCGUCGGCGCUAUCGCCACCGUCUGCGAGUUCGCCGCAAGUGGCGGUAGCCCAGUCGACGUCACAUUCGAAACUUGUGGCCUUUUUCGUGGCCAAAGCGAAUAAUCAGUUGGUUACACGGGUAAGCGUGUGGCUACCCACGGAUGGCUACGUGAGUGUGUUCGAGAAAAAAAGGGACCAUAGCUCCGAGGCGAGGAGGGCAAAACGUGAUGGUGGUGGUGGUGGUGGUGGUAGUGGUGGUGACUAUGAUACAACUACGUGCAUGGAGGGCGACCCAAACAUGGGCGACAUAUCCUGGUGCAUUGCGGCCACGAGAUAACUCUGAUUUGAGCUUCUAGGCCGGGAUUUGAACGCGUCGCUGUGGGCGCCUUGUGGUGAAGUGCGGUUUCAAUUAGAGUAUUCUUCUCAUCAGUAAUGAGAGGACUUCCCUCACCUCUAAACCACAAAAACUUUAAAGUGCUUCGUGUCAACAAAUUAGCUCUCGUAUCCAUUUGGAGCAAGUGUCGAACCAAGUUAGGUUGAGUGCAUCGUCAUGCUACAAAGUCCGCCCUCGAGCAUGGGGGUGGGUCACAAUCCUAUGUUGGGCUCUUCUCAUGGGUCGCCCAUGGCCCACAUGUUCCAGGGUUAUCCUCCACCCCAUCCAGAGUUCCUAGCGGCUGCGGCAGCCGCAUCCGCUGGAGGGGCAGGGGCAGGGGGUCAACCUCCCAAUCCAUUUCUUCCACAAAAUGGACUGCCGCACCCCAGUCUUCUCGAACCGCCAAAACCGCGGUUCAUGUUCCGUGUUCCACGUGUUGUUCCCAACCAGAAACAGAAAUUCGAAAGUGAUGACUUGCUAAAGCGACACUCCAGAGAGGCUGAGGUUCGAUACACCGCUUUCCGGGAUCGACCGGUUCAAGAGCGGCAAGCCAAAUUCAUUCAGUCACUACGGGAAGGUCAUUCAGAAAUUGCAUUUAUAGCCACCGGUUUUAAUCUGAUGUUGUCAUUCAAUCCUCACCCAUCCUACGAUCCGAGAAUUCCUCGCCAAAUGGACUUUGACAAGGAACCUGGAAAGGUUUACGUGGUCUCGUCCUUCAUCCUCAACGGAGUGUGUGUCAGAUGGAAAGGCUACCUUCACUUGGAACGAUUGGACGGAGUGGGUUGCUUGGAGUUCGACGAGGAAUUCGCCAAACAAGAGGACAUCCUCCUCAAAGAGCAAGUGGAAAUCUACAACCGCAGUAUGAAGGAAAUGGAUGAGCAACGAAAGGUGCAGCAGCGUCAUCUAGCCGCACUCAUGGGACACCGGCAAGCCGUCAUGUCUGCGGCCAUGAGUCACCAAGAACCCCCUUCAUCCACCCAAAACGAAGCAAUCACUCGACUAAGAGGAACCAGUCAUCAAAACCCUUCUCCGGAUAGUGCACAAGUGCCCAAUCUAUCGAAUAGCCGAGGGGAUUUGAAUUCAAGCUUCUUGCUUUCGGAUAUUUUGAAUGAGAAAUCUUCGUCCUCCUCUUUGGUGUCCUCUACCUCUCCCUUGGGUAGCGAGUUGUCCCCACAUUUAAAUCUAUCAGCCUCGGCUAAGCUUUCUUCCUCGAGUGACCUAGUGAACCAACACAAUCAUCCUCAACAUCCACAGAAAUGUGACCUGUCGACCUCUAUUGUGAGCAGUAGCGAUGUUCCAUUGGAUGAUGUCGUAGAUGUGUGUAAUGAUGAGGAUUCGCUUUGAUUUUGUGAUGAUCAUGAUAUAAUGAACCAUAUCCUUAAUGCCUAAAACUAGUCUGUACUUUACGAGUGGACUUGAUUUGUUGCAAUGAUAGUUUAAUUGAUGCUUGUAGUAUAUCAACCUAUCUCAGAAGAUAUGGCUAUUAUUCCACAAUUAAUGUUGAGAAAUAAAUAACUUCGUUUUAAGUGCAAAAUGUAGGAUAAUCUGGCUUGAGAUCGACCGUGUAGUCAAAUUGACGGAACUCUUUGGUUCCAGCAUCGUAACAUCCAAUGAUCCAAUAAUGAUCGGUUUCCACAGUGUCCUCUGGAACCUCAACGCGGAAAUCAGAUUGUCCGUUCCUGA